AUGAACGACUUGGCAGAAAACGAGGACGAAGUCGUGUAUCCAGAGCCAGGAUCCGAACCCAUACCCCAUUUAAGAAUAUGGCAGGACGGUUUUAAGUGCGAGGCAAAGGAGAACGAUACAACGACAUGUGGCUACAUCCGCCGAACUGUGCAAGACAUGCAGUUGCAUUGCCGUAACAAGCACAACUGGACAAACCCGCGGAAGAGAGGGCGAACGUCUAAGGGACCGUGCAUGGACACCAACAGGAUAUGGAUUGGAGGUCGGCAGCUAGAGGCAGUGUUCCGAGAGACCACCGCCGUGUUGGACGAGGUCGACAAGAUAGCCAACGACCGGAUCGAGGCAGACUACGACCGGCAUGUCACGCACGCAUGGUUGAACCGGACUCGUUGGGCCCGUCAUUUGGGCGGCUUAGACCGCGAAUGGUUGCUCGAAUUGAUCCAGAAACCCAGAAGGAACGAGAAGGCGUUGAGCAAAGUUUGUUGGGCGGUGCAGACGGUGAUUUGGAAGGCCCAGCAGGCUUCACGUCCAAGCGUUGUCGGUUUUCCGGCAAUGAACUACGUUAACCGCCGCGAAAUGGGAAGCGAGACCAACGAGAAACCGUUCAAUGCACGCCAGACAGGCAAGACGAUGGCUAAGUAUGCCGGCUGGUGGUCGUCCAUCAUCCGUUACAUUUGGCGGACCCAUGAGUUGGAGGCCGUUAAAGCACAGGAAACGGAGGCCGUGGAAGCACAGGAAGCAGAGGCGGAUGAGAAAGAGAGCGGGGACGGUGGAUCAAAGGGUGUCAGGGGACGGAGGUCACCGUAUCGAUUGACAGCCAGCCAGAUUGUGUGGUUGUGGAAGAUCAAGCAAGUCGCAGGCGAGGACGAGGAAGAAGCCGAAGGCGGAAGUCAGCACCAACCAAUUGAAGGCGGAGACGACGACUCAGAGAGCGAAGAGGAGGUAGAGGAAGAGGAGGAAGAGCUGUUAGAGGCUCACUACAAGAGCGCGCUCGUCAGCGCCACAGCAGUAAUGGGGGUAGAUGGCGAUCGUGGGUGGAAGGACCCGUUAGCGUACACGCCCAUUAUUUCCGUCAUUGUUACCGUUGCACGGGUGUUGGUGUUAUAUACGGCGGUGAAGACGCGUCAAGACCGCGUGACCGAGAUCAUGAAUAAGGAGGGUUACGCCCGCCAGGACGCCGAUGAAAUGGCCGUAAGCCAUUUUGAACUGAUUAAGGAAAGCGCCAAUCGUUUCAUGACGUUGACCAGCUACGGCGGCAUGCCCAGUCCGAUGGACUGGUUGUUGCGAUUGCGUACGUAUGGCAUGAAGAUCUGGUUUAACACCAACGCAGAUGGCGUGAUUGAAUGGGUGGGCGAUACAUUGUUAUACGGCCAUAUCCGCUUCACGAUGCCCGGUUUACGGUCGAUGAUCCACGGAUUGGUGGAAACGGCACGGUUCGAAUUGCAAAAGCAGUUGCUGUUGUUAGCCAUCGACGAGGAUGGCCGGCUAUCCCAGGGCGCUAACUGGAGUCAGGGCUGA